GCUGAACUUUGGGGCAGCAACAACAUUGGGAAAUUUUAGUUUUCAAGGCACAAAGCUAGUAAAAAGUGAGACAGUGUAGCUUUGUUUGAACAUUCCUCUGAUUUUGUCUAACUCUGAAUAAUUAAGUUUCACUCUGCUCAGCGGAUCCUGAUGCAAAGUUCACGUCUCUGUCCUGCAUGAACCGAGCACAAACUGUUUGCCCAGGAAAACACCUGAAAACUCAUUUCUUCGUUGUUGGUGGAUAAUUCAAGGGAGCUAUGGCCAAGUCUGGAUAUGGCUACUACCGGACAACUAUUUUUCUUGCCAUGUUUGUUGGCUAUACAUUGUAUUACUUCAACAGAAAGACAUUCUCCUUUGUUAUGCCAUCCAUAAUGCAGGAGAUCAAGCUGGAUAAGGAUGACUUGGGUCUUAUCACCAGCAGCCAGUCGCUGGCCUAUGCUAUCAGCAAGUUCAUUAGUGGGGUGCUCGCCGAUCAGAUAAGUGCCCGAUGGCUUUUCUCUAUUGGCCUCUUCAUGGUGGGUGGUAUUAAUGUGCUGUUCUCGCAGUCCUCCAGCGUGAAUGUGUUUGCUGGUCUUUGGUUCCUAAAUGGACUGGGCCAGGGCUUUGGGUGGCCCCCAUGUGCAAAAGUUCUACGUAAGUGGUUUGAGCCAUCUCAGUUUGGGACAUGGUGGGCAGUGCUGUCCUGCAGUAUGAACUUGGCUGGUGGACUUGGACCAAUCAUUGGUACCCUCCUGGCUGAGAGCUACAGCUGGAGGUUGACUCUGUUCAUCUCUGGUCUGACUUGUGUGGUCCUGUCCGUCCUUUGCCUGAUGGUGAUCCGGAAUGAGCCUAGUGACGUUGGUCUACCCAAUAUUGGAGCUAGUGAAAAGAAAGGCAAAGCAGGCCCUAGUAAGAACGAAAGCACUCUGAAGGAAUUUCUUCUGUCUCCAUAUCUGUGGCUAAUCUCCUUUGGUUACCUGGUGGUGUUUGGAGUUAAGACAGCCUGUACCGACUGGGGACAGCUCUUCCUCAUCCAGGACAAGGGCCAGUCAGCACUUAUGGGCAGUUCUUACAUGAGUUCCUUGGAGAUUGGAGGGCUGUUGGGCAGUUUAGCCGCUGGGUAUCUGUCCGACAGGGCUGUGGCACGGCAAGGGCUGCGUGCAUAUGGAAACCCCCGGCAUGGCCUCCUGCUGUCCAUGAUGGCAGGGAUGUAUGUCUCCAUGUACCUCUUCCGCACUACUGUUACUUUGGAAAGCUCAAACAUCUGGAUUCUAUCUCUGGGUGCUGUCUUUGGCUUUUCUUCUUACGGUCCAAUUGCUCUGUUUGGAGUCAUUGCCAUUGAGAGCGCUCCCUCCAAUUACUCUGGAACAUCACAUGCAAUUGUUUCCUUGAUGGCAAAUGUUGGAGGGUUCCUGUCUGGCUGGCCAUUUAGCUCUAUUGCAAAAUACUAUGGAUGGAAUACAGCAUUCUGGGUAGUAGAAGUAACCUGUGCUGUUACUACUGUUGCCUUCUUUCUUCUACGUAAUAUCCAGACCAGGAUGGGACGUGCUGUAAAGAAGACUGAUUAAGCAGCAGUAUUACUUAUUUUACAUGUACACACUCAGAUUUUAAUACAACAAUGUAAUGAUUGUAUCUCUUACAAUCUCUAUAAACCUGACAGUUGGACACUGUAUGGAUGAAAAUUCAUCAGUCGUAACUUGUAAAGAUUGUAAGGCUAGUACAGUUUGUGUAAAUGCGAGCCAAAUUAAAGUACUUGAUAUUUCUUAUUCUCAGGACUAAACACAUCAAUGUUUAUAUUCUAGGGUUGCAUAAUAAUGAACAAAAUUAUUAAUAAUUUUUAAAUUAAAAUUAUUUUACACAAAUUCAACCACUACCCACAGUAUCUGUAGGGCUUCUAAUUUUAUCCAGUUGCUGUAAUAGUCUGCACUGAACAGGCAAGUCACCUGAAAAUUAUUUUCUAAUUUUUGUGAGCAGCUUAGCCUUGGAUAAAAAAAAAAGCUUACGAUUGCUAAACUAUUUCCACUAAACAACAGGCAGUUCUCAAAUAAAUGACAUAAAUAAAUAGCAAUAAACUUUUUUGUACACCUUGCAACGUUACUGUGGACCUAAAAAAAAACUUCAUUCGUUGUUUUUCGUUUUCCACCACAGUAUAAAAGAAAAUAUCCUAAAUAUCUACAUUUAUUUCACUUUCCCUAGCCUUGUUUCAUGUCAACAAUCAUAUUACAAUGCUUAAAGGAGGUGUUAACUACCCGCAUCCAUUCUCAAACACACAGACUACCAAGAAUGGCUAGCAUUACAUUAUUAGUCACAACUGAAAACUGUGUCACUAUCAAUUCUACCUUACCUUUACCAAUAGUGACUUGAGUCAUUUUUAUCUCACACUACAUUUCCAAGGCAUCAUCAUUUUUCCACAUGACUGACUCUGGUACACGGUGUGGCAUUUAAAAAAGACAUGGUAAAAAGAACACAUUUAUAUGAGGUCGUCUUUACUCUGUUCAUCAUCCCAUUAUUACUUAGAAACAACUUCUUAGCAGGCGACAGGUAGUGCUGUUAUUUCUCAGUCUUUCAGAUUUGAGGAUGUUUUUUCUGUUCUGGUUUAGUUUUUGGAUAAUAUCAUGUAAAUAAUCAGUUAAUCUUUUCUCAUUUUCAUGUUUUACCACCACUUUAUAAUAGCCUAUUAUUUCUGUAUGUUGACACCACACCAAGUGUAGUACCACCUUAGGAAAUCCACAAACCAGACUCUAAAAUAGGAUUGAUAAAUUAUGUGAAUUUAGUGUUUUAUUGGAAAGUUCCACCCUACAUGGUAUGUACUGUUAUGCAUUAUUAACCUUAACUUGGCAGUGUUAUAAUUAGUUUGAAUCCUUCUGUUACAUUGCUGUACAGACGCAGCUAACCCACCCAAACAGUUCCUAUCCUGGUUCCUCUUCACUGAAUUUAAAAUAACUUGCUUCAGUAUUUCUCUUAUCCAAUGAUGUAUCAGCUUUUGUUUACAUAUGAACUAACACAGCAGAAGAGGCUGUGAAACCAACAGAGAUUAGCUGUUUGUUUCUAAUUGUAACAUUGGCUGCAUAAUCAGUUAUUAAAUAAAGCAAAAACACAGUAUAUACGUAUGUCUAUUCAAAGAGAUGUCCACAGAUUUAAAAUGUGCCAAGUAAGAAAAUAAGUUGGAGUGCUUUUGUGAUUUCCAUAUUGUCAUUUAUUUUGACUUACACACAUAAAAAUGUAACAACUCGGUGAAAUUUACAAUUUUUCCUACCUCAUUAUUUUGUGUUGUAAUAAAUGACUACAUAUAUUAUUGAGAUAAAUAAAACAUUUAUAAUAAAUCAA